AUGACAACCCCAACCCCAAGCUCUUCGCGACACAGAUCCCGCCACGCAAGCAGCAGCGUCCAGCGCCCAAGCCAAAGACCCCGAGCUUCAACGCCCCCACUCCCAGCCUAUGAAGCGCCGAUCGCACCCCUCCACAGCGCAGGUCAAAUCAAGCUCCUAUCCCUCCUUAAAUCGCAGUCGCUGCGACCGCUGAAGACGCAUCUCCAGCACGCGGAGGAGAAACUCACCGAUUCGGCUGGGGAGGUUAAUGAGCGGCUUACUGAUGCGCGGGUGCGGCUUCAGCGGUUGAAGGAGCGGAGGGGGGAAAGGGAGGAUUUCAAUGAGGGUGAUGAGGAUGGGACGCAGCGGCAGGAUGACGAGGAAUGGGAGGAAAAGUUGAGGGAGUUGGGGGAGAAGGUCGGGGAUGUUACGGAGCGGUUGGAGGCACGGAUGCGCGGGACGAUUGAUGGGGAGAUUAGGGUUGAUGGGCUGGUUGGGGUGCUUGGGACGGUUGAGAGGGACACUGAGCUGGAGAAUGGUGCUGGGAGGAUUACGAGAAGGGGAACUAGACGGCGGGGUGGGGAGGAGGAGGAGGAUGAUGAAGAGGAUGAGGAUUACGAAGAGGCGGAGGAGAGUGUGGAGGAAAGUGUGCCGCCGACGAGGAGGUUGGAUGAGUUACUUAGGGAGAACUAUGCGGAGUGGGAUAGGCUCUCUUUGACACAACGGUACUCGACCAACAAUGCCUACAUCGGGUUCUAUCGAAUUAUUCACGAAGCUAAACAUCCCGGCGAAGAUAUUCCUCCACUACCGCACGCAUCAACGUGGUUCUCACACCUGGAAGAUCCAGCUACGGCUUCGGCGCAAGCGCCCGAUUCUUCGGCCCGGCGCACGCGUCGUCGGAGAUCUCCUUCUCCGGCGGACUCAGAUGAGAUCGCCAUCGAGAGCGAGCGCAUAUCGCUCAAAUGCCCUCUAACUCUACUUUACUUCCGGGACCCUGUAACAAGUACUAAAUGUCCGCAUAGCUUUGAACGCGAAGCGAUUGAAGAUAUGAUUGCGCAUAGUUCAACGACUGUUCCCGCGCCCCAGCCGGCGGGAGCCGCCGGCCGCAGCGCGCGUCGUGUUCGCUCCGUCAAGUGUCCGGUGUGCUCAGUUGUCUUGACUACGGCGGAUCUCCGGACGGAUCCUGUUUUGGUUAGGAGGCUGCGCCGCUAUGAAGCGGCGUUGAGACGGGAAGCGGAAGAUGAUGAGUUAUCCGAUGGGGCGCGGAGAAGACAGUCUGGGGCAGCGAAAAGCGGGAUCACUCUCGUUGACGAUGAUGGAGCCGAGGACGGUAAUGAGAUGGAUGUGGAUGAUUCGGAUUCGGAUGAUAGGCAGGAUGAGGAAUUUUUGCGCAGCCAAGAUCAUGUACGAAUCAAACAGGAGAUGAGUACAGCUCCUGUCGAUGACGAUUAG